AUGUCGAAGGCUUCAGUACAAAAUACGCAUAAGUCAUCCCCAUCGUUUGGAGCUGCAGGUGAUAUUAUGAGUGUGUCAGGUAGCACCCAUGACGAUGGCACAACCAACCCAUUUAAGAUGCCACCUGACAGUAGCAUCUUCACCCUCCGUGAACAAGAGAAGAAGAAGAGGAAAGAGGAGAGAGCAAAGCAGCGAAGCUUGCACGUGCACGAGAAAACGACGUAUGCUGCGAGGCUCGCCAGGAAGGGCGGGAAGCUGGCGCCGGACGAUGUUGCUGCGGAGGACGAGGAGGCGGCGGUGGAGGAGAGUCCGGCAGUCGGAGCCGACGAUCCGGCAUUCGCCUUGUCCGUAACACGAAAUCGAAAAAUCGAGAAGGAAAACUUGGCGGAGUACAUCGAGAAGAAGAGAGAGAUGUUCAAGAUCCAGUACGCGCUCGGGGUGAAGCGAGAUGAGAUGAAGAAGCUGGAGGACAUGGUUACGGCGGAGGAACGGAGGCUGGAGCGCGCCGAGAAACGUCUGGAACAAGACGCGGUCGCCUUCGACGAGUUCCUGAAGGAAAACGACAAGAACGCCGUGGAGGCCAUCCGGGUGUAA